AUGGCGUCGCAAGCAAGCCUCCUCCUUCAGAAGCAGCUCAAAGAUCUUUGCAAACACCCCGUCGAUGGCUUUUCCGCUGGUUUGGUCGACGAAACCAACAUUUUUGAAUGGAGUGUAACCAUAAUUGGACCGCCUGAUACUCUUUAUGAGGGAGGAUUUUUCAAUGCCAUUAUGAGCUUUCCGCAGAACUACCCUAACAGUCCACCAUCUGUGAAGUUCACCUCAGAGAUAUGGCAUCCUAAUGUAUAUCCUGAUGGGCGGGUUUGCAUAUCUAUUCUUCAUCCACCUGGUGAGGACCCAAAUGGUUAUGAGCUUGCAAGUGAGCGCUGGACACCUGUUCAUACUGUAGAGAGUAUAGUGUUGAGUAUCAUAUCGAUGCUUUCUGGUCCCAAUGAUGAAUCUCCUGCCAAUGUUGAAGCUGCGAAGGAGUGGAGAGACAGGAGGGACGAUUUCAAGAAAAAGGUUAGCCGAUGUGUGCGGAAGUCACAGGAAAUGUUGUGA